AUGGCAACUGACGGAAAAAGUGCUGGGCCGUCGCCCUACGAUACGUAUCAGACGUCGUUGACGGCGCGGUACUGCAGCCCGGCGAUGGCCCGGCUCUUCAGCCAACGGUCCCGCCACUCGCAAUGGCGCAAGCUUUGGUUGCUGCUCGCCGAGUCUGAGAGAGAGCUUGGCAUCGAGACCAUCACGCCCGAAGCCCUCGAGCAGAUGAGGCAGCAUCUUGAGGUCACUGACCAGGACUUUGAGGUUGCCAGAGUCGAGGAGAAGAUCCGCCGCCACGACGUCAUGGCCCAUGUACACGCCUUCGGAGCUGUUGCGCCGGCCGCGGCUGGCAUCAUCCAUUAUGGUGCCACCAGCUGCUUCGUCACUGACAAUGCGGAACUUGUGCUCAUGCGUGAUGCCAUGGACCUUCUCCUCCCCAGACUGGCCAAGGUUAUCUCGAACCUGUCCAAGCUUGCGAGGGAGUGGAAGUCGACACCCACUCUGGCGUACACCCAUUUGCAGCCAGUUGGCAAGCGAGCCGCUCAAUGGGCCCAGGAUCUCGUUUUCGACCUGGAGAGCAUCGAACAUGUCCGCAAUGGGCUGCUGCUUCGAGGUGCCCAAGGAACUACGGGAACCCAGGCUUCGUUCCUCGAGAUCUUUGGCGGUGACGGCGCCAAGUGCGACCAGCUGAACGAGCUGUUGUGCAAGAAGGCUGGCUUCCCCGCAUGCUACGAUGUCUCGACGCAAACCUACACUCGCAAGGUUGACUUGCUUGUCGCCAACGCCAUCUGCGGCCUGGGUGCCACGGCGCAAAAGAUUGCCGGAGACAUCCGCCAUCUCGCCUCGUGGCAGGAAGCCGAGGAGCCUUUCGAGGUCAACCAGAUCGGAUCGUCGGCCAUGGCCUUCAAGAGAAACCCCAUGCGCUCGGAGCGGGUCUCCAGUCUCGCCCGUGAGCUUCUGUCCAAGCAGGCAACCACCGCAAACACCCUUGCUGCGCAGUGGAUGGAGCGCUCGCUGGACGACAGCGCCGUCCGCAGAAUGGACCUGCCCGAGAUGUUCCUCCUGGCCGAUGCCAUCAUUGGCAGCCUCGAUAACAUCACCGACGGCAUGGUCAUUUACCCCCAGGUGAUCGCCUCGCGUGUUCAGGAGCAACUGCCCUUCAUGGUCACGGAAAACAUCAUCAUGAAGCUCUGUGCCAAGGGCGUUUCCAGGCAGGAAGCCCACGAGCAGAUCCGUGUCUUGUCGCACCAGGCUGCCCGUGUCGUGAAGCUCGAGGGUAAGCCGAAUGAUCUCAUCAGCAGGAUCAAGGCCACCGAGUUCUUCCAGCCCAUCUGGCCUGAGCUCGAUGCCAUGAUGAAGCCCGAGCUCUACAUCGGCCGUAGUGCCGAGAUUGUCGAGCGUUACUGCGGCGUGGAGGGCGUGGCGGAGAAGAAGAUCCAGCGAUACAGGGCUAUCUUCGAGAAGUCGGCAACGACGGAGCUCAACGUUUGA